AUGCCUCACUUCCUUCCUGUUUCUCUUUCACUAGAAAGAGCCCGAGAUUAUCUACACAAGACAGGAAGAUUCAUUGUCAUUGGUGGAAUAGUCUCACCCGUACAUGACUCAUAUGGAAAACAGGGUUUGGUUUCCAGCCGGCAUCGCCUGGCAAUGUGUCAGUUGGCUGUUCAGAGUUCUGAUUGGAUAAGGGUGGACCCCUGGGAAUGUUAUCAGGAUACUUGGCAAACCACCUGCAGUGUACUGGAACAUCACCGGGAUCUGAUGAAACGAGUUACUGGUUGUAUCCUGUCCAAUGUGAACACACCUUCUCUGACCCCAGUGAUUGGUCAGCCCCAGAACGAGACCCCACAACCUAUUUACCAGAACAGCAACCUUUCCAACAAGCCAACUGCAGAUGAAAAUGCUAAUUUGGGGACUGUGAUGAGAUAUGAAGAGAUUGAGCUCCGAAUCUUGCUGCUGUGUGGAAGCGAUCUGCUGGAGUCCUUCUGUAUCCCAGGCCUUUGGAAUGAAGCUGAUAUGGAGGUGAUAGUGGGCGACUUUGGCAUUGUUGUUGUGCCACGAGAUGGUGCUGAUACCGAGAGAAUCAUGAAGCACUCCUCUAUACUUCGCAAGUAUAAAAACAAUAUCCUGGUUGUGAAGGAUGAUGUGAAUCACCCCAUGGCUAUUGUCAGUUCCACUAAAAGCAGACUGGCCCUUCAGCAUGGCGAUGGGCACGUGGUGGAUUAUCUGUGUCAGCCAGUCAUUGAUUACAUCCUUAAGAGCCAGCUGUACCUGAAUGCCUCCGGUUAAAGCUCUCGCUGGCAUUGUGGCAAAGCUGCCAUGUGGCACCACCUUCCUACAAUUGUUCAUCACGGUUCUCUUUCUCACUCUUGUUUCUUUUUUCAAUGCCUCUUGUGUGCAUCUGCCUAUUCCACUCUGAUUUUUUUCCCCCCCAGCCCCGGGAAUUGCUGCCUACAGCUAACAGCCAAGUACAUAUGCCAUCAAGCAACCCUUCUCCCCUUGCAGUUAGGAGGGAAAAGAGUAAAGAAUAUAU